AUGGCCACCGCGGCCGCCGCACAAGCCUUCUUCUCAUCGCCGGCAACCCCUCCUCUCCUCCAAGGCGGACACCGAACCUCAGUCGCCUUCUUCCCGCGGGGAUCACCUCCUGCAGCCGCCCUCGCCCUCUCCCUCUCGGUCUCCGCCCCCGCCUCGCCGUGGGCGCCGGCGGCCAACCCCAAGUACCACAACGCGAAGGCGGACGCGGGCGAAGAGGACGUGGAUGCUGGCGAGCUCCUGCGGCGGUUCACGCGGGAGGUGGCGCGCUCCGGCGUCAUGCACGAGGUCAGGCGGCGGCGGAGGCACGAGGACGCGCGGGACAAGCGCAAGCGCAAGUCCCGCGACGCCGCCUGGAGGUUAAGCCGGAGGCGCUUCAGGGGUCCAUAUCCAUUUGACGAGGAGCAGGGACCGAAGGAGGGAGCCACCGACGACGAUGGACAUGACAAUUGGGAUCUUCCUGGAGGAGAGCUUCCUUCUUACAGAUAAACAAAGAGGCCACACUUCCGUUUCUGUUUCGGCCUGACAAAGAAUUCUGACGCCUAGAGUUCAGUUCUGUUUCUUUAGUACGACGAGGAUUGUUUGACUAGGUAGGGUUUACCUGCAUAUUCAGGAUCUAAAGCUCUGUUAUGAAUUUAAUUGUAAUAUGGUACACGUAUAUCUCAAAGCACUAUGUAAGGUGUGAUCUCGGCUGUGUAAUUCAGUCUGAAU